CCCAACGAGCUGCAGGCGCAGACGCUCCUCCCUCCCCCUCCGCCUCCCUCUCGACGUCUCGUCGCCGGCCUCGCGCCGGCUCCGCGUGCCCGCCUCCGGGCCCCGAGACCGCGGGACGUAGCCCUGGCCCCCGCCAUUUGACGCGGAGGCCGCGGCCGCCAUGUCGUGGGGCCUGGGCUGGAAGCGCAGCUCCGAGAUCUUCCACCUCACCCUCGACUACGGCGACUGCGCCGACACCGACGACCACCAGCCCUCGUCCCCUCCCGCCCCGCCCUCCUCGUCCCCGCCCUCCUCGGCCUCGUCGACCCCGGCAUGCUCCUCCUCGCCCACCGCCGCCACUCGCAGCGGGGACCUCGGCUUCCGCAUCGACCUCGACUGGUCGGCGGGGGACGACGAGGACCAGGUCGCGCUGCGGCUCCAGUCCCAGCUCAUGGUCGCGCUGCCCCCGCCCCACGACGCCGUCUCCGUCGACAUGACCCCGAUCGACGGCGGGGAGGAAGGGGUGCGGAUCGAGAUGCGGGUGGUCCGGAGGCGGGAGGCGCUGCGGUCGGUGCGCGUCUCGCGCGCCCCGGGGUCCGCGCUCGGAAGCGGCGACGGCGGGGGCGUGCUCGCGCGGCUCAUCAGAUCCAACCUCGCGCCCGCGCCGGCCGUGGACGGGCCCACCGCGGCCGCAGGCGUGCCCGUGCUCGCGGAUCACUGGCGCCCAGUCGCCGUGCUCAGCCUCUGCAACUGCGGAUUGUCGGUUCUUCCAGUUGAGUUAACCCGCCUUCCACUUCUUGAGAAGCUAUAUCUUGACAAUAAUAAAUUGUCAGUUUUGCCCCCUGAAGUUGGUGCCUUGAAGAAUAUGAAAGUGCUGUCAGUUAACAACAACAUGCUAAUUUCUGUCCCUGUAGAACUGCGACAAUGCGUUAUGCUGGAGGAAUUAUCACUAGAACAUAACAGGCUUGUCCGGCCAUUGUUGGAUUUCAGGUCAAUGCCCAAGCUCCGAAUCUUGCGCUUGUUUGGAAAUCCUCUAGAGUUUCUUCCAGAAAUUUUGCCACUGCAUAAUCUCAGGCAUCUCACGCUUGCAAAUAUUAGAAUUGAAGCAGUGGAAAGUCUUAAAUCUGUCACUGUGCAAAUAGAGACUGAGAAUAGUUCCUACUUCAUUGCAACCAGACACAAACUUAGCGCCUUUUUCUCCCUUGUUUUCCGCUUCUCUUCCUGUCACCAUCCUUUGCUAGCUUCUGCUUUGGCCAAAAUAAUGGAAGAUCGCAGCAACCAUGUUGCUAUUAGCAAAGAAGAGAAUGCUGUCAGGCAGCUUAUAAGCAUGAUAAGCAGUGAUAAUCGUCAUGUGGUUGAGCAGGCAUGCCUUGCUAUUUCAUCACUGGCAUCUGAUAUUGCAUCAGCCAUGCAGCUGAUUAAGUGUGACAUUAUGAAGCCUAUUGAAGCUGUACUAAAAUCAUCUGAUGAAGAAGAGUUAGUAUCAGUAUUGCAAGUAGUCGUCACCUUAACUUUUGUUUCCGAUCAUGUUGCUCAAAAGAUGUUGACGAAAGAUGUGCUGAAGUCACUGAAAGCACUUUGUGCACAUAAGAACUCCGAGGUGCAACGUCUAUCUCUAUUUGCAGUUGGCAAUUUGGCUUUCUGCUUGGAGACUCGUCGCACCCUCAUGCAUUCUGAAAGCUUGCGUGACCUUUUAAUCCGCUUAACUGUCUCACAAGAGCAUCGUGUGGCAAAGGCAGCUGCACGUGCUUUGGCAAUCUUAGGGGAGAAUGAGAACUUGCGUCGAGCAAUAAGAGGAAGGCCAGUUGCUAAGAAGGGCCUACGCAUUCUAUCAAUGGAUGGUGGUGGCAUGAAGGGCCUUGCAACUGUUCAAAUGCUUAAACAGAUAGAGCAAGGAACUGGGAAACGCAUACAUGAAAUGUUUGACCUUAUAUGUGGUACAUCCACUGGUGGCAUGCUUGCAAUGGCUCUUGGAAUCAAGCAGAUGACUUUGGAUCAGUGUGAAGAAAUAUACACAAAACUUGGAAAACUUGUGUUUGCUGAACCUAUCCCAAAGGAUGAAGCUGCUACUUGGAAAGAGAAGAUUGAUCAACUUUUCAAAAGUUCGUCACAAAGUUUUAGAGUGGUUGUACAUGGGUCCAAGCACAGCGCAGAUCAAUUUGAGAGGUUACUAAAGGAAAUGUGUGCCGAUGAAGAUGGUGACCUUCUAAUUGAAUCUGCUGUAAAAGGCAUUCCGAAGGUUUUUGCUGUCUCCACUUUAGUCAGUGUCAUGCCUGCCCAACCAUAUAUAUUCCGUAACUAUCAGUAUCCUCCUGGCACUCUGGAGGUAUCACCAGGAAUGGCAGAAAGUCCGUCAAUUGGUGCAAUCGGUACAACUGUUUCUGGUGCACCAGUCGGUAUUAAACGCGGUGCCUUCAUGGGGAGCUGCAAGCAUCGUGUGUGGGAAGCGAUAAGAGCAUCUUCUGCAGCUCCAUAUUAUCUGGAUGAUUUUUCUGUUGAUGCAAAUCGUUGGCAAGAUGGAGCUAUUGUAGCCAACAAUCCCACAAUCUUUGCCAUAAGAGAAGCACAACUUUUGUGGCCUGAUACACGGAUAGACUGUCUAGUCUCGAUAGGAUGUGGAUCAGUUCCAAUUAAGAGUCGGAGAGGUGGAUGGCGCUAUUUGGACACAGGGCAAGUGUUAAUAGAAAGUGCAUGCUCAGUGGAACGAGUUGAAGAAACUUUGGAUACACUGAUACCAAUGCUUCCUGAAAUGCAAUAUUUCCGCUUUAAUCCAGUUGAUGAACGGUGUGGUAUGGAGUUAGAUGAGACUGAUCCUGCAAUCUGGCUUAAGUUGGAAGCUGCAACCGAGGAGUACAUUCAGAAGAAUUUUCUGUCUUUCAAGAAUCUUUGUGAGCUUCUGGUCCCAAGAUACCAAGAGGAAGAAAAGUCAUCUGAUAUUUACAAAUCCCUGUCAUUUUCAAGAUUGACAUCAUUAAAUCAAGGUUUGUCUUUCCCAUAUUUCAGCAUUUUUCAAAUAUUUGGAUUAUUUAGAUUAUAUAUUCUUUUCAUUUUUCUCCUAACAGGUUUCAGUGAAAGUAAUCCUACCUUAGGGUGGAGGCGUGUGGUUUUACUUGUGGAGGCUUCAUUUAGUCCUGAUUUUGGGAAGAAAAUAAAUCAUGCACGUUCCCUUGAAUCUUUCUGCUCCCAGAAUGGCAUUAGAUUGUCUCUUAUGAACAGUGCUUCUGGGUUUGGGAAGCCAGGCACUGCACUUCCUACUCCAAUAACUUCUCCCUUGUUUACUGGAAGUUUCCCAUCUAGUCCACUUCUAUACAGUCCAGAGGGCACUCAACGGAUUGGUCGAAUCGACCUAGUUCCGCCGCUUAGCUUGGAUGGCCACCCAACUACAAAGUCCUCACCACCAACAUCACCACUGAAGUCAAGGCAGCCAUCGGCACAUGUUCGGUCAUUGUAUGAUAAAUUGCAGAAUAUGCCUCAAGUCGGUGUGAUACACCUGGCUCUUCAAAAUGAUUCAACUGGUUCAGUAUUGAGUUGGCAGAAUGAUGUAUUUGUGGUUGCUGAGCCUGGAGAACUUGCAGACAGGUUUCUGCAGUCUGUCAAAACUAGCUUGUCAAACUUGUUGCGUGGGCGUAGUAGCAAAGGCGCAUAUUCAUUGUCCAAGAUUUCAUGUUUAUCUGAGUUGGUUGCUGAAUGGUCAUCUUUUGAAAUUGGUGGGAUACACCACCGCUAUAUAGGUCGUCAAACACAAGUAAUGGAAGAUAACCAAGAAAUUGGUGCGUAUAUGUUUAGGAGGACAGUGCCUGCUGUUCACAUGGCACCUGAAGAUGUUCGAUGGAUGGUUGGAGCAUGGAGGGAGAGGAUCAUUGUAUGCAGUGGUAAGUAUGGCCUUGCACAUGGCCUGGUGAAAGCAUUCAUGGACUCUGGUGCAAAAGCAGUCAUCUCUUCAUCCAUUGAGCCUCCAGAUUCCCAGGCAAUAGCCUACUAUGGGAUGGAUGUAAAUGGAAGCCUGGAGAAUGGGAAGUUUGUCAUAGGUGAUGAGGAAGCUGACGAGUCGGAGCCUGAACCUGUCAGCCCUAUAAGCGACUGGGAGGACAGCGACGCUGAGAAGAGUGGCAACCAUGACAUGGACGACGAGGAGUACCUGGCUCAGUUUAUGUGCUUGUUGUACGACAAGUUGUUCCGCGAGGGCGUGACGGUGGAUACCGCUCUUCAGCAGGCGCUCCGAUUGCAUCCCAAGUUGAAGUACAGCUGCCACUUACCCGGUGUUUUGUAGUUAGUGACACUGACAAACCGUACAAAAAUACACUAGAAUGGACAUGAAAAAUACAGUAAAGGAAUAAGGAUAGGGCAGAUUCAUAGUGGGGUUAUAGAGGUCAUAUUGUGUUCGUUGUGCAGGCGCAGGUAACAGAAUGUAUCCCCUACUGAAUCUUUUGCCAAGAAAGGCUCUGUAAAAGUAUAUGUACUCGUGGACAUAGUAGUGAAGCUGAUUAAUAAAAAGCAUUAGGGCUUUGAUAUC